AUGCAACCAAUGCAGCCGUUUUCUUCUUCGACUCGCGCCUCGUUACGCAUACGCGGGAGCUCGGCGCAGCUAUUCUUCUUCUUCUUCUUGUCCUCUGGACGUGUGGCUCAUAGCAACUGUGGGGGAUUGGACAAGACUGAGGUGGAUAAGUGUAGUUCUAGUCGAGUGUGCAUCUUUUUGAUCGCGGACCUCAGCAUCGCGGAUGUUGUAACAAAGCCUGAAUUCGUCGCCGAAACGACUCCUCGCAGCGCGUCGAGCGACCCUUCGCUGGCCGCCUGCCCGCACGAGCAGCCACCGCCCCAGCAACAAGCGAUGGGCUCGCCCGCCAACGCCGCCAUGGACGCGCUGCGUCGCUGGCGUCCCGCGAUCAAGGGGGCCACGCCCACGGCGGCCCCGGACGACCCGACGGCCGGGGGCCGCCACGAACGCGCCAUGAUGGUCACCCUGCUAGUCAACAUGUCGGCGGGCACGGCGCUGGGCUACGCGUCCGCGUCCAUGCCUCGCAUCGAGCUCGAGCCCUGGUACCCCCUGUCGCCCAGCGCGCCCCAGAACCAGUGGGUCGCCGACGUCCUGCUGCUCGGGGCGGUCGCUGGAGCGCUGCUCUCCGGGUUCCUGCUCAACCUGCUGGGCCACAGGAGAACGUUGCUGCUGUCCGCCUUCGGCCUAAUCAACGCCUGGAUAUGCAUCAUCGUGUCCAACAGCAUCACCAUGCUGCUCAUCGGCCGCGUAACUUGCGGCCUCUGGCUCGGCGUCUCCACCAACUCCGUGAGCCUCUACGUCUGCGACGUGGCGCCUCCCGCAAAGAGGGCCUUCUUUGGCGGGCUCACCGAGGUACGCGGCGGCUGUUUCACGCCGACACCCUAAACGCGGGGUGCAAAUUAAGUUUCUCUGUGCUUAAACUAGGUCUUUUGAUUGUGAUUGGUUUCAAAUUCUGCGAUCUGCCAUCUUCUCGAAUCGAACUCUCUGUGGCAAUGAGGUGAAAGGCUACAGGGGACGGAGCUUCUGUACAUGUGUUACGUCGCCAAGUGUAGGCCGGCAGACUCUGACAGCCGCUUUGAAUCAGCGUAGCCUGGUACUUGCAACGGUUUCGCAUUUGCCCAAACGCGGAAGAGAAAAAGCGGUUAAUGAUAAAAUA